AUGAAGGAUGAGCCGGCUACCAGCUCACCUUCAAGCAAUCCCACCAACACUAAGCUUAUGACUAUGUCUCCGCCCGACACACCGUUUGCCAGCACCAAGAACCAAAUGCGUGGGAAAGCUGGCCCCGUAUCACACUCACCGAUUCUGCGACAUCGUGCCCGAUCACUAUCGAGCGGUCUUCCCCCACGUGGUCUCGUCGCAUCACGGGUCAAUACCAUCAACAUGGUUAGCCCACUGACUGAUGUAGUCGUUCCCGCACACAGUGACCGCGACACACUGCCAUCUCAGGCAAAGCCCUCUUCACCGACGUCAACGCCUCAAAAUCGCCCCGGUGCACGCUCGGCUCAUAGCUCCCCGCUGAAGCGCAAAUGCAAGAUUGACGACUUCACUCUUCCGCCGCCCCCGCCGACCGUGUUCGCAAACGAAGCUGAUCAGGACGCUAUACUAGCUGCAUUGAACCUCGCCCCGUCUAGUAACAAAGGCAUUGUCAAGAGCGAGGCCUCUACCGAUGAACCCUUCACAGAAUCAGAGGACUCAACAGCGGGUAGUACACCAUUCCGCCGUGGCCAUCGACGAAACAAGACAAGCUUAUCACAGGUAGUCUCACGCAGUGACCCGCUAAAGGGAGCUACAUACGGUACGGAAUCGUUUCGCGCGACAGCAGGACAGUAUAGCCAUUGGCCGACAGAUCCACACCAUACUUCCUCCCCAGACGACUACUCAGGUAUGGACGUGUUCAGCUGCGACACGUCUUCUGAGGUGCGUACUACGAAACGAAAGUCGCUGUCAGGCUACAGCAGUACAACCUCCACUAUGGAGUUAGGCAGGUUGGAAGAGCUCCACGGUUGCACUCUAUCACCGAGCACGACAGCGGACGAAACCAAAGAGAAUGAGCGCACACCGUCCAUUCAAUCAUACACCCCUAGCUCCGCCGAAUCUUCUCCGGGAGCUAGAGCAACAUCCCCAGCGGCUGAGCCACAUUUGCCGCUUCGUAGGGUCGAGAAGUUCAAGGACACCGAGAGCUUCAAUACUCACACAAGCCCCUUCUCACAAUAUGAGUAUGCACUCUCGCUCUCGGAUAUGGAUACCGACGAUGUUCGCGAACUCUACCCAUUGGAAACUUUUAUUCUAGCAAGCGCUAAAGAUGGCUGCGCCGUUCAUGACUGGGCAUCCCCAUGGCCAUUGGAGCAGCCGGUAAAGAAACUCCUCCGAUUUGCUUCCCGACCAGAAUUUGCACCCUCCAUGCAUUAUGAGUCAGAAUCAGAUGACUAUCCUUCUCUGCAGAAUCUCCUCGAUUUGGACGAGCAUGGUCCUGAGCCGCGGAAGAGUCCGCUGAGUGCUCCCAGUGUUCACCCUCAGGCACAGGAUGAUGGGUUUACGACACUUGCACCAGUUUCCUACUAUCCUAACGUUGGAUCGGAGAUGACUAUCCUUCUUCCGCGAACGUACAAUGCAAAUUCCCAGGAUGAUGCCAUGGCUAUCACUCCCCGCACAUACGACGCGACCGCUAGUCAUGAGCUUACGCGUCUCCUUCCGUUGACGUACGAUGCGAAUUCUGUGAACGCACUGGAGAACGCGUCGCCAAUUAAGCGAAAGCCCAUACUGCGAAAGGCCAAAGACGGGUCGCUUCGAUCUUCUGCACCGUCUCCCAGCUCUUCGAACUGGGUGGUGCAUGACGGAUACGAUAGCGAGGAGGAUCUCUGGACAAAUCCCUGCAGCGGCGUUCCGAUGAAUACGGAAGCCUCGGACCUUCACCACAGCAAUAGUUUCAAUGACCGCGACGCCGACAUUGAGCUAAUCCACAUCGAGAAGAGGCAUAAACGCAAUGGCUUGAAGACCACACAUGAGCAAACCGCGAACUCUGUCGGCAAGUUGAUUGAGCCGUGCUCAAAUGUAGAUGUUAUCAAAGAGCCCGCACCUUUUGGCUCGAUCACCCGUCGUCCACUCCCGACCAUCAGUCAUGUUCUCAAUCCUCCACUCCCAACCAACACUGGUGUACUGAACCUCGAUUUCCAGUUUCCGGCUCGAAGUCCGCAGCAGCAGCGCGGUGUCAGCAUGCCCGUCUUUCCUCCACCUUCUGCUGCAGGUACCCAGAUGAAGAAACAUGCGCGACGCAAAUCUUUUGGGAAGUUGCUUGGUGCUUUCGGCAAGAAGGGCCCAGAGUUUGCGACGGUAGAGGCGAAAGAGAAGCCAAAGAAGUCGCUCGGUCGGCGCAUUAGUAGGAGGUUCUCGUCGAUGUGGACGAAGUAA